AUGAACUCCAGCCAGCGCAACAACGGAAUCAAUAACAGUUUCGAUAGCUUAAGACAAGAUCUCGGUUUAUACUUCUUGGAGCUGGCUCAGAUCGACUCAUUUAAGGCUCCGGUGGAGAUGGAAGAGGAUGAGGAGAUGGUACCGACUGAGCUCAACACGAUUAAUAGCAUGGCAGGGUUCUUGGUGGUGGCGCCUGAUAAGUUGUCGAUGAAGUAUACUGCCGUAAGCCUCCAUGGCCAUGAUGUCGGUGUGGUUCAAGGCAAUAACCCGAUUCCUGUAAAGCUUAUGGAUUAUCACUUCGAGAUUUAUGUGAAGGACGUUGGAGUCAAGGGUCAAACUGCUAUUGUAUUCACCAGUGAAGGCUUCAAGAUGCGCAGACAAUCGGGGUGGGAAGUAAACAAUUGCGGGUAUCAUGGGGAUGAUGGUAGGCUCUAUCGUGGGCAAGCAAAGGGAGAUGCUUUUGGUCUAACAUAUAAAACAGGAGAUACGAUUGGUGGCGGCAUAAACUUUGCUUCACAGGAAUUCACAAAAAAAUGA